ACAAAGACUGUUUGUGGCGGCGGUUGGUGCGGUGAGCGCUGAGCGAGGAGAGCGGGCUGUGCUGGCUGGGAGUGAUAUGUAACUCUGCUGCAUGAAAGCAUCCUGCCCUUCCUAAUAGUGUAAAGGAGGAUACGUUGGAAAUCGAAUUGGAAUCUAAAAUUUCCUAAACACAGGAACACACAAUGGAUGAACACACAGGAAAUACAAACGCACAAUCAACCUCUUGUGAAUAUGGUACACUGAACGAAUCUGGCAUUGUCGUAUCCACAGAACAUACAUCUUAUCAUAUUAAGGAGGAACCAGACUCAUACGAGAAUGGCCAAUUCACAGACACUGAGAAUAAUACAACCACAGAAUGUAUGGCUACAUCGAUUAAGGAGGAAUCGUGUGAAGAAGGCAAUCUCACGGACACUGACAUAUAUACAAACACAGAACAAAAACAGACAGAAUAUCCAUCUCAUUAUAAGCAGGAAUCAACUCAAUGGGAAGAAACAAAUAUUACUGAUGCAAAAUGUAUUCCACCCAUAACGCAUGGUGUUAUGGAACAUACUGCCAGAGAGGGUGAUAAAACAUUAAGUCCAAAAUCAGAGCCUCCAGAAAAUGCGAAAUGUUGUUUUAUAUGUAAGAAAUACUUUGCCAGUAGCUACGAUCUUGUGCAACAUCAAGCUGUCCACAAAGGACACAAGCCAAUUUGUCCUGAAUGUGGGAAACAAUUCUUUUAUAAAUCAGAUCUUCUCAUCCAUUUGAAAUAUCACAAAGGACAGAAAUCCUAUAUAUGCUCAGACUGUGGUAGACGUUUCACUCGACAAACUCAUCUUCUCACCCACCAGAAGAUCCACACUGAAGAGAAACCAUUUUCCUGUUCUCACUGUGGGAAAUCCUUCAGCAAUAACUCGCAUCUCUCCUCCCAUCGGAGAAUUCAUGAGGGAGAGAAGCCAUUUGUGUGUUCUGAAUGUGGUAAAAACUUUACAAACAGCUUACAUCUGGCUAACCACGAGAAAAGCCACCCCAAAGAUAAACCUUUCAAAUGUUCCGUGUGUGGAAUUGGCUUCAUCAGUAGUUCGAACCUUGAGGCCCAUCAAGAAAAUCAUAGCUUGCCAGAAUCCUUUAUAUGUUCUCAGUGUGGCGUUUGUUUUCUAGGUUACUCAGAUCUUGUGGAGCAUUUGAAAUGUCAUACCGGGUACAAAACUCUCUCCUGCUCUAUAUGUGAGAGAAACUUUUCGGAUACCACUCGGUUUUUCAAACAUCAGAAAAUGCAUGAAGAGAAACCAUUUUUCUGUUCUGAAUGCGGAAGAUGUUAUGUUCGUAAAACAGACUUUAUACGACACCAGAGACUUCACGAGGAAGAACAGAAUGCAUAGGUCUAGCAGGGGAAACCAUUUGUUGAACGUACAUGGCUGAUACUGGACAGUUAUCCAAUUGUUUUCAGUUGAAUUAUUUUUCCUGUUGACGAUGAAACUGGUUCAUAUAUAAUAUUUAUACAAGUGUGUGUUUCUCUUCUUUACCUGGCUCCUGAUACUUGUCAGAUGCUUUGAUUUCCACAGUAGUCCUCAAAAACCAUCAAUGGUCUGAAUGUUCAAGCCAAUCCUUGUGGGAAUGUAAUGGAAACGUUGACUAUAUGGUAGCCUGUGAGCUCACUCUUUAAAGAGUCACUUGAACAACACUACCAUCCAUGUUGUUGUGGUUCAAUAAAUGUCUCUAUCUCAA